AUGAGCCAUUCUGUCCCCGAUCUCGAUGCGAUAGGUGUGAAAGCCGAACCGAACCUCGCAGGCUCGUUCCGUCGUGAAGUCGCCGACCUCCUCGGCCGCAACAAUAUCAACUUUCCCGGCGCGCAACCAGUGAGCUUCUCAGCAAAACACCUGGAGGAGCUGCAGAGAGAAGAUUAUUAUGUUUGCGAAAAGACCGACGGCAUUAGAUGUCUUCUGUACUUUGCGCGCGGUGACCCUGGGGCUGGUCAACCUGAGAUUCACUACCUGAUCGAUCGCAAGAACGAGUACCGCUUCGUGGCGGGCCUGCACUUCCCGCUGCCCGAUGAUGAAACUUUUCAAGGGUUCCAUGUUGACACACUAGUGGAUGGCGAGCUCGUCAAUGAUACCUAUGAGGAUGGCACGCAACAGCUGAAAUACCUUGUCUUUGACUGCCUGGUACUUGAUGGUCAGAACCUCAUGCACCGCACCCUCGAUAAGCGACUAGCCUACUUCAAAGAGAAAGUCCUCAAACCUUACAACAAUCUGUACCGAAUGUUUCCCGAAGAAAAGCAAUACCGUCCCUUCGUCGUCGAAGACAAGUCGACCCAGGUCAGCUAUGGUAUCGAGAUGAUGUUCCGCGAGAUCAUCCCUCACGUCAAAAAAAUUCAUGGAAACGAUGGCCUCAUCUUCACCUGCCGCAGCACCCCAUACAAAAUCGGCACGGAUGAGCACAUUCUCAAAUGGAAGCCCCCCGCCGACAAUACGAUCGACUUCCGCAUGCGCCUCGAAUUUCCCCUCCUAGAGCCCGAUACCGAUGACGAAGCAGAGGGUGUCUCAGAGCCAUACCCCGACUAUGACGCCCUUCCUAUCUGCCACCUGUUCGUCCUUCUCAACUCCAACGAAUACCAACCCUUUGGUGAAAUGUAUAUAACCCCCACAGAGUGGGAGGACCUCAAAGCCAUGCGUAUCCCUCUCGAUGACUCGAUCGUCGAAUGCUAUAAAGAUGAACAGUCUCGCUGGCGUUUCUAUCGUUUCCGAGACGAUAAAAUGGAUGCGAAUCACAUCACUACAGUGGAAAAGGUCCUUGAGAGUAUCGACGAUCGUGUCACCGAGGAAGACCUCAUCCGCAUUGCGCCCGCCAUCAAAACUGCCUGGAAAAAACGCCAGGCCAUGGCUGCCUCGGAAGACGAGGAGCGUAAGCGAAAAGCGCGCGGCAUGCCGCCUUCCAUGAACGGAAACGGCGUCAAGCGGAAGUUCGAGGGAUAA